CCUCUGGCCAGCCAUACCCUCUCCCUUCCCCCUCCCUCCACACCAAACCUUCUCUGGCUCUCUGACCUCGGUGAGAUUGCAGCUAGUCUGGGGAACUGGGAGAGACAUGGAGAAAGAGAUUGGGGACCCCUGGCUGGAGCAGACCAACAGAAUAGGCAACUAUGGCUGGCGAACCGGGUAUCAGAAUAAUGUUUGACCUCGGGAAACAUCACAGAACUGCCUGUCGACAUUCACUAGGUAGGAGGUUCAUCAGCUGGGAAGAACCGGCGCCUGGGGGAAUCUGGCUGGAUAGGUAUGGGGGAUCGCGGCCAGGCCCCUAGUCCCUGGUUCCCCCACGGCGGUCCCUCAACUUUAAGCACCCUCACUCUACUGCUGCUCCUCUGUGGACAGGCUCACUCCCAGUGCAAGAUCCUCCGCUGCAAUGCCGAAUACGUCUCGUCUACUCUGAACCUUCGGGAAGGGGGCUCACCGGGCACGCCGCGCGGAGGCGGCCGUGGUGGGGUGUCAGGAGGCUUGUGUCGUGCUCUGCGCUCCUAUGCACUCUGCACUCGGCGCACGGCCCGCACCUGCCGCGGGGACCUCGCCUUCCACUCGGCUGUGCACGGCAUCGAGGACUUGAUGAUCCAGCACAACUGUUCCCGCCAGGGCCCCACGGCCCCUCCCCCGGCCCGGGGCCCCGCCCUUCCCGGAGCCGGCCCUGUCCCUCCGGCCCCGGACCCCUGUGACUACGAGGCCCGGUUUUUCCGGCUGCACGGUCGGGCCCCGGGUUUCUUGCAUUGCGCCUCCUUCGGGGAUCCCCAUGUGCGCAGCUUCCACCACCACUUUCACACAUGCCGUGUCCAAGGAGCUUGGCCCCUGCUGGAUAACGACUUCCUUUUUGUCCAGGCCACCAGUUCCCCCGUGGCAUCAGGGGCCAACGCAACCACCACCCGGAAGAUCACCAUCAUAUUUAAGAACAUGCAGGAAUGCAUUGACCAGAAAGUCUACCAGGCCGAGGUGGAUAAUCUUCCUGCUGCUUUUGAAGAUGGUUCUAUCAAUGGCGGAGACCGACCUGGGGGUUCGAGCUUGUCCAUUCAGACUGCCAACCCUGGGAGCCACGUGGAGAUCCGAGCCGCCUACAUAGGGACAACUAUAAUCAUUCGACAGACAGCUGGACAGCUCUCCUUCUCCAUCAGGGUAGCCGAGGACGUGGCACGGGCCUUCUCGGCUGAGCAGGACCUCCAGCUGUGUGUUGGCGGAUGCCCUCCGAGUCAGCGACUCUCUCGCUCAGAGCGCAAUCGCCGCGGGGCUAUAGCCUUAGAUACUGCCAGAAGGCUGUGUAAGGAAGGGCUUCCCGUUGAAGAUGCCUACUUCCAAUCCUGUGUCUUUGAUGUUUCGGUCUCUGGUGACCCCAACUUUACUGUGGCAGCCCAGACAGCUCUGGACGAUGCCCGAGUCUUCUUGGCGGAUUUAGAGAAAUUGCACCUUUUCCCCUCAGAUGCGGGGCCUCCUCUCAUCCCAGCAACCGUCCUUGUGCCGCUUCUCUCAGGCCUCUUUGUUCUGUGGAUUUGCAUUCAAGGCCAGAAGAGGACAUUGGAUCCCCUGGAGCUGAAGUUACAAAUGUUUGUGCGGUGCCUCGUGGGUACCAGAAAUCAAACCCGGCUCCUCGGCUCCAGUAGAGGGCAAUGGACAUCGUGUAUCCAGAGAUUAUCGAGAAAUUUCUCAGAAUCUGCCCUAUUGGUGCCAAAAUCCUUGGUGCACAAGGAAGACUCUUCCUUCUGUGACUGUCAUUUCAGGUUGUGCUCCCGUCUUCAAAGUUUCCCUCGAGAACAUGAAAAUAUCUCCCUGGGGACUGCAUAAGCAGGAAACUCCCCUUAUGCUAACAACGGCUCCUAAAAGUGUAAGCAAAGGCCAGCACACCAGCUCCUGAAUCCCUUGGCAAAGUUUCACUGGAACUUGGUCAAGCAGCGUCCUCCGCCUCAGGACCCAAGCUGUCCCGUGUGCUAUGGCCUGCGCCACAAUCUGGAACUGACCAGGAUGGAAACUUCUAGCUUUGAUGGUGCAGGAAGGUACUAGGCAGGCCACCAUGAACAAAAAGAAAAGUCCGUGCUGGACCCUCGUUAAAAAGAAACAAAUUGUUCCUAACCCCGAAGAGGAGGCUGCACAGAAGAAAAAGACAUCUUAGACACAGUGCUUCUUGGCAUUCCUAAUGUGAGGUCCUUUAAUACAGUUCCUCAUAUUGUGGUGACCGCAACCAUAAAAUUAUUUUGCUGCUACUUCAUAACUGUAAUUUUGCUAC